ACAAGUCAUUUCCGUUCAAAUGUGUUUUGAUACUGGUUUGUUCACUGGUAAAAGGCCAAGUCAUUUAUUUACCCACUAACGUCGGCCAGCAUUCCGUAUUCACUGAUGGCACAGAGCAUAAAAUACAUAGUUACGAAGAACAAGGGUUACCAACAAGUAACGAGCUUGUAAAGUUGCGUGAGGUGUUUGGCAGACAAAUAGCAGAAUUGAAACUCCGAAACUUAGAGUUGUACAAGAGAGUAACUAUCAUCGAAACAAGUUUAGUUGAUCAAGGAAUGUCGAUAGAAUCCCAUGAAAUCGACACCUCGUAUCUUAACGAGGGAUCCAGCGAAUUAAAUGCAAAACUACUUAAUUUGGAAACCAGAUUUGAAAAUGAAUUUUCGAAUCGCAAGCGUGAUCAUGCUGAUAUUAUACGCAGAUUGGGUAUUCUGGAGUCUGAAAUUAAGAUUGGUUCUUCAAACCUCCAAACCCUUACAUCAUCUCUUCGUUCAAAGUCAACCGAAAACGGCGAGCUCCACUCAAAAAUACGAGGUAUAGAAGUAAAUAAUACCGCAAUGCUUCGUUCAAUUAGCAAUCUUGAAAGAAAAAAUCAAGAAAGCAAUCUCAUCAUACAAAAACUUAAUUCAUCAAAUAUGAACAUUGCUUCUCGUUUGGAAAAAAAUAUAACGGAAUUAAAAUCAACGUCUUUUGACAUAGGGGAAAAGGUUGAAUCCAUUAUUUCGUUUCAAGCCACAUUAAAUAAAACAGCAGAAGAGCUUCGUCAAGUGACAGAGCAUAAUGGACAUCAAAUACGGGAAAUAAAGCAAAAUACAUUAGACCUAACAAAUGACAUUGCGACGAUUAAAACUGAUUAUUUAGAAUCCAAUGUUGAACAAUUUAGAAAAGAACGACUUUCUACUUUAGCUAUGGUGACAAAUCUCACAUCUUAUUUUAAAAAAAGCUAUCGGUUCCUUUUCACAAGUGUUGAAAGGGUAAAUAUUUCAUUAGAUACAAUAAAUAAUACGGUAGGCAAUCUCAAAAAAUCGUGCAAUCAUGGUAUUUCUAAAAGUGAAAAUGAUAAUUCAGAGCGUCAUACAACAUCAUCUAGCGAUACACUUGCUGUUCCGGAUUUCUUUAAUAAAACGUCAAAACAAGCGGAAUAUGGCGAUUUUCAAAUACACUCUUCACUAUCGACGGAUAUCGACGACAUACAUAGAAGGCUGAGAAAUUUAAAGCGUACAUUAGUACGAUUGACUGAUAAGCAGGCCAUGACUGAGAUGGAAGUGAAAAAUCUGCAAUCAAACCAAAGUAUGGUGACGGUUUCUCUUAAUAACCAAAACUAUUCUUUGGAAUUCCUAAAAUCAUCUCUUAAUUUUACUCUUGGAUAUCUACAUGCUUUCAACUUAUCUAUACUUAAUACAUCGCUUUCAAUGUCAUCAAGUUUUCGAAACUGUUCCCAAAGUAAGAUUAAUGAAUAUUAUCAGGAUAAUAAUUCGUUAUACAUAAAUUUUCUAAACUUCUUUGAGAAUGAUUCAAUCAAACACAACACAACAAUACAAGAAUUGAAUAAUACUGUUAAAAGAAUUGUUCUAGCAUUUGAAAGAUCCUACAAACUUGUGCACAAAACUCUUGAGGAGAAAUUCGGCCUUUUACAAAAUAAAAUAACCUCCAUAGAUAGACACAUUGAUUUGGAAGCAAUCAAUGUAACAUUACUACAACAGAAAAUGUCAGAUCUUCAAAAUAUUACUUAUCUCAACCUUACAAUGACAGAAAAUAUAUUCAAGAUUAUGCUUGAGGAACAAAUCCAUGUUCUGUCAACGAAUAUAUCUGGCAUAACCAAACACAUUUCUAAACUAGCACAAGCUUACGAUAACUUGACAACAGAUGUAGACCUUUUUAAAAAGGGUCAUGGAAUUUCGCAAAACAAUGCGUCCUCUAGUUCUCGUGAUUUUCUGUCACUUGUUUUUGAGCUACAGCAAAACAUGUCGUCUGCACACAUAACGACUUCAAAGAUCUGGAGACAAUGUAACUUCACAGAAAAGCGUGUUAGAAACCUUUCAUCCAUUGUUGCAGCAUAUAGUUCCUUGGACGUUGAUCAAAUCAAAAAUAUCGAGAAGAAAAUUAGUAUUUUGCAAAACAAUAUAUCCAUUAUUUCUGUUUCGGUUGGAUCUGAGGCAAAUAAACUCAGACAGGGGAUAGUUAAUCUUGAACAAAAAAUAUUUCAUAAUAAGACUCAACAAGAAAACAAAUUACAGUUCAUGUUCGGUGCAGAGUUCAAGGUUUUAAAGUUAAAUAUUUCAGAUAUCCAUAAAAACGUAGAUUCUGUGAAAACAACCGUGCAAAUUCUCGACUCAAAAACAAAUGCAAACAGGGAAAAUGUAUCGCUCUGUCUUUCAGAAAUAAGUAAAUUGUCUUUAAAUCAAUAUCAAACAAACCUCCAACUUGCCAGUACCAGAACAAUACAACUCUCCUUGAAGAAUGAUUUAGAUAACUUGUCGUCCUCAGUAGAAGACAUUCGACAGUGUUUGAACCAAUCCGUCCUGAAAUCUUCUCAACCACCUCAGAUACAAAUAUCAUCAAUGGAGCUGCGGUUUAUAUAUUUUAAUCAAAGUCUCUUUGAAAUUAAGUCCAGUUAUAAUGAUUCGAUGCGUGUAAUACAAAAGCACGCACGCGAAAUUAGUAUGCUAAGUAAGGAACAAACGCAACUUGCAAAAAAAAUGAAAAAGUUUGAUGACAAUGUGUCUGACAUUAAUGCAUCUACAACAAUCGAGAAAGCAGUUAAGAUUCAAAUAAUGGAUAAUAUCGAAGACUUGCAGAAAAACUUGACUUUAUAUCAACAAAACAUGCAAAGUCUUAAGUCAGCCUUCAUUGGGUUACAACAAAACGUGUCCUCUGCACACAUGACUACAUCAGAGAUUUGGAGACAGUGUAACUUAACUGAACAGCGUGUUUCAAAUAUUUCAGAUAUUGUUGCUUUAUGUAAUUCCAGUAACGCUGAUCAAUUCAAAAGUGUAGAUGUAAAACUAAGUAUUUUGCAAAACAAUUUGACAUCUGUUUCUGUUGGGUCUAAAGCAGACAACCUAGAUAAAGUCAAACAGGAGAUAGUUAAUCUUGAACAAAAAAUGUUUCAUAAUCUGACACAACAAGAAAACAAAUUACAGCUUCUCUUGGUUUCAAAGUCUCAGCCUUUAAUGGAGAAUAUUUCAGACAUUCAAACCAAAGCAGAUACUGUGAAAACAGUGAUGCAAUUGCUUAAGUCCAAAGUUAAUGCAAACGAAGCAAAUAUGACACAGUGUUUAUUACAUGUAAGGAAUUUGUCGUCAGCCCAUGGUCAAAUGGUUAGUAUUAUAAAAGACAUGCAGAGGAACUUCACCCUUAAUCAACAAAACAUGCGACACCUCAAAUCUGCACACCUUCAAUUACAACAAAACGUGUCGUCUUCACGCCUUAAGACAUUAAAGAAUUUUACUGAACAACAUGUUACAAACCUUUCAGCCGUUGUUUCAGCUUAUAGUUCCUUGGACACUGAUCAGUUCAAAAAUAUCGAGAAGAAAAUUAGCAUUUUGCAAAACAAUCUAUCCAAUAUUUCCAUUUCGGUUGGAUCUGAGGCAAAUAAACUCAGACAGGGGAUAGCUAAUCUUGAACAAAAAAUAUUUCAUAAUCUGACUCAACAAGAAAACAAAUUACAGUUCAUGUUCGGUGCAGAGUUCAAGGUUCUAAUGUCAAAUAUUGCAGACAUCCAGACAAACACAGAUUCUGUGAAAACAGCAUUGCAAAUUUUCAACACAAAAAUCAGUGAAAACAGCGAAAAUGUGUCGGUGUGCUUUUCAGAAAUAAGCAAACUGUCUUUAAACCAUGAUCAAACAAACCUUCAACUUGCCUCUGCCAAAACAAUACAGCAUUCUUUGAGGACUGACUUAAAUAACUUGUCGUCAACUGUAAUAGACAUUCGACAGUUUUUGAACCAAUCUGUCAUGAAAUCUUCUAAAUCAUCACAGACACAAAUGUCAGCAAUGGAGAUGCGGCUUACAUACAUCAAUCAGAGUCUCAUUGACUUUAAGUCCAAUUUCGAUGAGUCGGUACUUACUAUACAAAACCACACUCAGAACAUCGCCAUAUUGAGUAACAAACAAAUGCAUAUCACAAAUAGAAUUAAAAAUGUUGAAGACAAUGUGUCUAGCAUUGAUGCAACUACAAAACAAGACAAAUCAAUGAUGCUUCAAAUUCAGAGCAAAAUAAACGACUUGAAGGAUAACUUGACAUUCAACCAACAAAACGUUCAAGAUUUUAAGUCUGCAUUCCAUGGGUUACAACAAAACGUGUCGUCUGGACAUAUUACAACAUCAAAGAUUUGGAGACAAUGUAACUUAACAGAACAGCGUGUAAAGAAAAUUUCGGAUCAUGUUACAGCAUAUAGUUCAUUGGACGCUGAUCAGUUCAAAAAUAUCGAGAAGAAAAUUAGCAUUUUGCAAAACAAUAUGUCAUCAAUAUCUAUUUCAGUACAAUCUGAGCCAAUGAAACUCAAACAGAGGAUAGUUAAUCUUAAACAAGAAAUAGCUCAUAAUCUCACUCAACAAGAAAACAAAUUACAGCUCAUGUUCGGUACUGAUUUUCAGGUUUUAAAGGCGAAUAUAUCAGACACCCAGAUCAACGUAGAUUCUUUGGAAACAUCAAUACAAUUGUUUGAGUCAAAACUUGAUAAAAACAAAGCAAAUGUGUCGUUGUGUCUUUCAGAAAUAAACAAACUGUCUUCAAAUCAAGAUCAAACAAACCUUCAACUUGCCGGUGCCAAAACAAUACAGCAUUCUUUGAAGACUGACUUAAAUAGUUUGUCGUCCUCUGUAAAAGACAUUCGACAGUUUUUGAACCAAUCUGUCAUGAAAUCUUCUAAAUCAUCUCAAACACAAAUAUCAGCAAUGGAGAUGCGGCUUACAUACAUCAAUCAGAGUCUCAUUGACUUUAAGUCCAAUUUCGAUGAGUCGGUACUUACUAUACAAAACCACACUCAGAACAUCGCCAUAUUGAGUAACAAACAAAUGCAUUUCACAAAUAGAAUUAGAAAUGUUGAAGACAAUGUGUCUAGCAUUGAUGCAACUACAAAACAAGACAAAUCAAUGAUGCUUCAAAUUCAGAGCAAAAUAAACGACUUGCAGGAUAACUUGACAUUCAAUCAACAAAACGUUCAAGAUCUUAAGUCUGCAUUCCUUGGGUUUCAACUAAACUUGUCGUCUGCACACAUUACAACAUCAAAGAUUUGGAAGCAAUGUAACUUCACUGAACAACGUGUAAAGAACAUUUCGUACCACGUUGCAGCAUAUAGUUCAUUGGACGCUGAUCAGUUCAAAAAUAUCGAGAAGAAAAUGAGUAUUUUACAAAACAAUGUUUCAUUAAUAUCCAUUUCAGUACAAUCUGAUCCAAUGAAACUCAAACAGAGAUUAGUUAAUCUUAAACAAGAAAUAUCUCAUAAUCUCACUCAACAAGAAAACAAAUUACAGCUCAUUUUCGGUACUGAGUUUCAGGUUUUAAGGGCGAAUAUAUCAGAAACCCAGAUCAACGUAGAUUCUUUGGAAACAUUAAUACAAUUGUUUGAGUCAAAACUUGAUAAAAACAAAGCAAAUGUGUCGUUGUGUCUUUCAGAAAUAAGAAAACUGUAUUUAAACCAUAAUCAAACAAACCUUCAACUUGCCGGUGCCAAAACAAUACAGCAUUCUUUGAAGACUGACUUAAAUAACUUGUCGUCAACUGUAAAAGACAUUCGACAGUUUUUGAACCAAUCUGUCAUGAAAUCUUCUAAAUCAUCACAAACACAAAUAUCAGCAAUGGAGAUGCGGCUUACAUAUAUCAAUCAGAGUCUCAUUGACUUUAAGUCCAAUUUCGAUGAGUCGGUACUUACUAUACAAAACUACACCCAGAACAUCGCCAUAUUGAGUAACAAACAAAUGCAUUUCACAAAUAGAAUUAGAAAUGUUGAAGACAAUGUGUCUAGCAUUGAUGCAACUACAAAACAAGACAAAUCAAUGAUGCUUCAAAUUCAGAGCAAAAUAAAAGACUUGCAGGAUAACUUGACAUUCAACCAACAAAACGUUCAAGAUCUUAAGUCCGCAUUCCUUGGGUUACAACUAAACGUGUCGUCUUCACACAUUACAACAUCAAAGAUUUGGAAGCAAUGUAACUUCACUGAACAACGUGUAAAGAACAUUUCGUACCACGUUGCAGCAUUCAGUUCAUUGGACGCUGAUCUGUUCAAAAAUAUCGAAAAGAAAAUGAGUAUUUUACAAAACAAUGUGUCAUUAAUAUCCAUUUCAGUACAAUCUGAGCCAAUGAAACUCAAACAGAGGAUAGCUAAUCUUAAACAAGAAAUAUCUCAUAAUUUCACUCAACAAGAAAACAAAUUACAGCUCAUGUUCGGUGUUGAGUUUCAGGCUUUAAGGGCGAAUAUAUCAGACACCCAGAUCAACGUAGAUUCUUUGGAAACAUUAAUACAAUUGUUUGAGUCAAAACUUGAUAAAAACAAAGCAAAUGUGUCGUUGUGUCUUUCAGAAAUAAGCAAACUAUCUUCAAAUCAAGAUCAAACAAACCUUCAACUUGCCGGUGCCAAAACAAUACAGCAUUCUUUGAGGACUGACUUAAAUAACUUGACGUCCACUGUAAAAGACAUUCGACAGUUUUUGAACCAAUCUGUCAUAAGGUCUUCUCAAUCAUCACAGACACAAAUAUCAGCAAUGGAGAUGCGGCUUACAUAUAUCAAUCAGAGUCUCAUUGACUUUAAGUCCAAUUUCGAUGAGUCGGUACUUAUUAUGCAAAACCACACUCAGGACAUCGCCAUAUUGAGUAACGAACAAAUGCAUUUCACAAAUAGAUUUAGAAAUGUUGAAGACAAUGUGUCUAGCAUUGAUGCAACUACAAAACAAGACAAAUCAAUGAUGCUUCAAAUUCAGAGCAAAAUAAAAGACUUGCAGGAUAACUUGACAUUCAACCAACAAAACGUUCAAGAUCUUAAGUCCGCAUUCCAUGGGUUACAACAAAACGUGUCGUCUGGACACAUUACAACAUCAAAGAUUUGGGGACAAUGUAACUUAACAGAACAACUUUUGCAAAACAUGUCAGCAAGCGAUGAUAAAAUCAGUUUUCUUGAGAAGGACGUUAUCACAUUGCAAAAUAGCUUUUCAACAAUUGUUCAUAAUAUGACAAUUUACUUUGAAAAAUUAGACCAGAUAAUGACGACUUCAGGUGAGCAUCAGACUCAAUUACAAGAUAACCAUGCUCUAAUUUCCUCCCUGGUCCAAAAUAUCACCGAACAGGAUGGCAGAUUAAGACAAAUAUCAGAUGAGUUGACACUCAACAGAGAAAGCAUUGCGUACGUUGAGAAUAAUCUAACAUCGUUAAUCACGAGAAUCGAUGAUGUGUCAUUGACUGGUGGUGUAGUUUUGCGGACUACAACACCUCCUUUUCCACAGUCAGCACAGACUACUGUCCAGCGAACACUACAGCCUACUACAACAAGUACAGUACACACGCGUGUUCGAUUGGUGGGUGGGAGUACUAGCAACCAGGGACGCGUGGAGGUGUACGCCAACGGAGUCUGGGGCACAGUAUGUGACGACAGCUGGGACAGCUCAGACGCCAGGGUGGUGUGUAGAAUGCUAGGAUUCACAGGGUCUUCCAGUGCCUAUGAACGAGCUCGCUACGGAGAAGGAACGGGUCGAAUUCUGUUGGACGAUGUCGAUUGCGCUGGAUGGGAGACUUCGAUAUUUUCAUGCCGCCAUGGUGGACUUGGCGUCCAUAAUUGUGGUCAUUCAGAGGAUGCGUCUGUUAUAUGUUACUAGGUACAUUCUUCAGAGAUUUUUUCCAUCAAUAUUGAAUUUAUUGUUUUUUAAGGAUGGAUCUUUUUUUUUUAUUUAUAUCCAAAUAUUGUUCAAAUCAACAUGAGGCAAAUGGGCAACUUCUCUCACCUGAGCAGCAAUAGCCAAAAUCAAAUCAGAUUUAUGGUCAUUUACAAAAUAUCUGGACAAUGUUGUAGAAAAGAUGCUGUAUCAAAAGAUUCUACAAAAUUUCUCCAGAUAUUCUUAUGUUAAACAUUGAGCCCCGUUUUGUAACAUGGUUAUUUCACAUAAAGGGUAUUAGUUCUCAAGAAACCCUUAAACAAAAAUAUACAAACUUACAUCAAACUUUGAGACCCUGGUGUGGCCCAAAAAUUGUCCAAGUGUCACAAUUUAAGCAAAUAAGAAUCAAGAUGCUUGCAUUAAGUAAAACUAUGUUUUAUAACAUUUGAGUUUUGGGGAAUAAUUUAAUUUUCCCAAUGUAACCACCCCCCCCCCCCCCCCCAAAGUGGCCCCACCCUACCCCCAAAGUUCAUGAUUAACCGAAGUUACAGAUAUUUUAGACAAAAGGUUUUAGAAAAGAUUUUGAAAGAUAUUUCUCUACAUAUUAAGCUGUUAAAAUUCGACCCCCACCCACCCCAAUUAAGGUCCACUCUACCCUGAGGGUGAUGAUUUGAACAACUUGAAUCUAUCCUACCUGAGGAUGCUUCCACACAAGUGAAAGCUUAUUUUGGUCUAUUAGUUUAUUUCUUUAAAUUCCUUUGUAAAAAUUUUACACCCCCACCCCCCACCCCAACCCGGUGAUCAUGGUUUGAACAAACUUGAAUCUACACUAACUGAGGAUGCUUCGACACAAGUGACAUCUUUUCUGGCCAAUUGGUCUUCGAGAAGAUUCUCUAUAUAUCCUGUGUAAAAAUUACCCCCCCCCCCACCCCACCCCCCUUUUGUGGCACCAUCCUACUCCCGCGGAGAUCGUGAUGGAAGAAGUUUUAAUCUACACUACCUGAUGAAGCUUUUACACAAGUGACAGCUUAUCUCCCCUUGAAACAGGCCGUGGAUACUGUGGGAUCAUUAGAUUUCGUGGUGGCUCAAUUUUCGUAGAAUUCGAGGCUACCUCUCAUCCACGAAUAUACACCCCUACGAACUAAUAAACUAGGGCUAUAACGUCAUAAUCCUUUUGUAUGUAUACGAAAAUACACGAAAUUACGUCCCCUCGAACCUGUAAAAUUUAAGCAAUCCACGAAAAUUGGCCCCCACGAAUUUUAAUGAUUCCACAAACUUGAAUCUCCUUCACCCAAUAAUGCUUUGUGCUAAGUUAUGUUGAAAUUGGGCAAGUGGUUAUGUAGAAGACGAAAAUGUAAACAUACGGACGGACAGACAGGCAGACAUAAAGUGAUGAGCUAAAAACUACAACCAUGCAUUCUUGACAAUUUGCUGAUUUGAAUACAAAUAUAACCUGUAAAUUCAUGUUCUUAUUUAUUCUUUAUGUAACCGAUUGUAUCCUGUUGUUGUUCAAACAUUUCAAGCCUAUAAAAUGUUAUAGUAACAAAGUAAUAACUUUUCAUUUUAUAUUUGAAGACGUGAUUCUGUUUGUGAAUUUGGAAAAAUAUAUAUACUGUAUGUAUAAAAUAUAUAUGUUUAAUGUAGGCCUAUAUGGAUUAUAUAGUUUAAAAUUCGAUAUUUCAAUUGAAUGCUUGCGUUUUUGUUUGUGAAUUUGCAAUAAAUAUCUUUA